AUGGCUGAAGUUAUCGCUGACGGGCAAAGCCUGUGGGCCGAAACACUUGUUGGACAUCACAAUGUCGGUGUUCGCAAGAAGCGACCUGUUCGCGACGAAAGGGGAGAGUCUCUGUAG